AUGGGGGAGGUCUUUCUCGACAAGACGAUUAGCCUGCUCUCGUCGGACAAGCAGAAGGCUCGCUCAGAUGGUUUGGCAGACUUGAAGCAUAUAUUCCAGCAGAACAAGAAGAGCUCCAAGCUACAAACACUCAAUGACAAAGCUUGCCACAAGAUCUUUGAAUCACUAUUCCGUUUCGUUGCAGCCGAAAGGUCAAUAUAUAAUCGAGCCCAAAAGUCCUCAAAAACACCUUCCGCAUCCCGGCUCUCGACAUGUGCUUCCGUACUCCGAAUGGCUGUUGACCUCUUUCUGAGAAAUUUGAGAAUCAAAACAGUCCGCGCUAUCGUUGAUCACAUCACUGAGACCAUACCAGUCCCUGGGGAAGGUCUGUGGGAACCCCUGAGCCUGGACUAUACCAAGUGUUUGGCAUCGCUUCUACGCUACCAUCCUCAUACUGAGCACCUUGACGGAGAAGACUGGGAAAAUCUCAUAAGCUUUUGUCUUGCGAGUAUUAGCCUCCGGGAGAACGAUGAGAGUCAAUUGAGUAUUCGGAGCGGUCGAUCCGUUCCCGAAGAUCAAGAUGCCAGCGACAGCCGUUCUACCCCCUCAAGGAUGACCAUCGCUCCCACCCCAGUUAGGGAAAGGCACAGUGGCAAUAGAAAUGUCAUUGAAGAAGUUGUAAUCUGUAUUCAACUCUUAACAACGAGUCCGAAUCCUCCUCUUCAAACGACGGCCCAAAGCAUACUUUACGGGCUUUCUGAGUUUGUCGAGUCAUCUGUGACUGGGAAUGCACACCAGUUCGCGUUCAAUAGCAUCAAUGCAGUCGUUACAAAAGUCAUAUUUGAUCAAUCUGAGCUUGUUCGCUCGGUUCUCUUGGGCCUGGUUCCAGUAAUCCGACGCCUAUGGGCCACUAAGUUACAGAUUCUCAAGGAGGAGUUACUUGCCACUUUGAUGCUAUCGAUGAUCGUUCUCGUUGACACUGCUCAAAAAGACCCAUCUGAAUCUCUAGCACGUGAUAUCGAAGGAUUAGCCAGUACACUUCAUUCGGAAUAUGUGAGACGGUCAGAAAAGGAGAUCCUACAAAUCGACGAGGCAACACUCUAUCAAAACGAAGCAUGCCAGAGCAGGCCAGUAUAUGGGCCUCGCCUCGGAACAUUUAAAUCAGAGUAUAACUGGACAAUCCUCUGGUUGAUUGCGGAGCUCCUCAAGCUCUCGGAGGGUAUUCAUACCCAAAUCAAGUCUGGGGAGUCAGCACGCGAAAGCUCAAACAAAAGGCAGCGCCUCGGUUCGGAGAUCCAGGACAUAUUUCGAGAUUCAGUCUCGGCCACAGGCACAAGGAGAAUAUGCGCAUUGCAACUCAUUCCAUUUUUGGAGUCCGAAGUUGACAUUGAGACCAAGGAGCCUUUCUUAAAGCAGCUUGCUCUAAAUAUCUCUGACAGUAAUGGCGCUGUGUCAUCAUGGGCAAUGGUUGCCCUUACGAGUAUUGCGAACGGGGCUGCUGCCAGAUCGCCUGAAAUUAGGGCCCACUGGCCACGAGUAGUCGAAUUUACUACGCGUGCAUUCUCAUCUCCGCUGACAUCCAGAGCUGCAUGUAACCUAUUGAGCAUGAUUUUGCAGUCAGACUUAUUGGAUUAUUCAGUGGCUAUGGAGACAAUGCGGUCACUCUUGACUUCUGCCAAUGGACCGUCUGCUAUCUCAGACUCGUCUUUAAGGCUAUGGGCAUCAAUUGCACGAAUGAAGACACAGCUUGAUCCUGGAUCAGCUCAGCAGGCCUCGACGCAGAUAUGUGGCUGGCUAAGAGAAGUUUGGGCUGGCUCAGUGACUGAUCGAAUCCAGACAGCUCGAGUAGCUGCGUAUGCCCGUCCUUUGGACUUACUGGACCUAUUUUUGUCAUGCACUAGUCGGUCCUUUGCCAUCCCCCGUUAUCAAGUCACAGGACCAGUGGGGCAUAUAGCCCGCACUUGGUUCUUUCUUCAUGAAAACUGUGAAUUGUUGAAGUAUGGUUUUCAUACGAGCUCGGCCGCAGCAAACCCCUGGAGUCUGCAGGAAGUAUGGUCCUUAGAGCAAUUCUCUAGGCAAGACCCUGAUGAUACAGUGAUAUUGGAUCUGCUUCGAGUGAGAUCAGAGUCGUUUUUACAUGCAUGGCACGCUAUGAAUGAAGAAAGAUCACAUAUCACCCCGGAUAACUUGCAGAUUCUGUCAUCAUUUUGUAUUGUGGCUUCCCUCUUCGUGGCAUGUCUUCCCCGCGCAUUGCAAUCUCAAUCUCGAUCACAAGACCUACAUCAGAAUUGCAAGAGUUUGUGGGACGCUAUAUGCGAUUUUCUGGCAUCUCAUACUCAUGAAUCCACCUUUGUGCAAUCUUGCUUGGACUUGCUGCCGCCGCUCCUCGGUCCUUUAACGAGUUCUAACACCCCUCCUACCAUCCAGGCUAGUCUUAAAGAGCUUGUUGCUCCACUCUCCAAAACGCUCGAGAAUUUUCGCCAGAGCUCAAAGAAUCCAUCUGCGGCUGAAGAUCCGAUGGAUUUGGACGACAGGUUCAUGGCCGAAACCUCAUUAGCGACUGAUGAGACUAUUCUUGACUUAAACCGAAAUUCUCUAUCUAUUUUCCUUGACUCUGUCACAUAUCAACGCUGUGUAACCAUCCAACUGUCAUUAUUUCUCAGAACCCACGCAAAUUCAGACUCGCCAUCUAUCGUUGAAUACCUGACAAGUUUAGAUGAAGCCGAUAUCCUGGCAGCCCAGGCUAUUUUACCUGGAAUUUUCCAGCACUGCUCGGAAUCAGAACCCUCGGAACUACUCUCCAUCCUGGAAGAUUUGGGUGAAAAGUGUCUACAGUCUUAUGAAAUGGAGCGGUGUGAGGCCUCACAUUGCGUUUGCAUCCGCAUGAUGACCAGCUUUAUUGACUCUUGGACAAACGGGCCCGACGACACCUUGAAAGAGUCGGCUAUGGACUUGUAUAAUUGGUUUAUGGAAGUGCUGUUGGUCCGGAAAAGAGCUAGCCCGAAGGUCUACAUUGCGUUAGCCAAACUCAUUCAAGAGGUGAUUGGCACCUGCCCUUCAUACGGCAAUGAGCAGUCUCUUCCGUCACCACGAACAAGUUUAUUCACUAUUCUUCGAGAAGGUGAUGUUCAGGUCAAAUUCAGCGUUGCAAAAUUCAUCCCUUCCUUAUUUGAGCGGUUCCUUCUCAAAGACCACGAUGCCAUCUUCGAUGAUGUAUUAGACAGUUUGCCGCGAGACCCGGAAUGGAUCGAGGGAAUUGCAGUCCGCCUCUUUGUGCUUUCACAGUUGGCUUCCAGAUGGCACACUUUGCUGCGAAGAAGCAUCUACCAUCUAUUUGAAACCCCAGCUCAAGUGCCACUAUCCCUGUGGUACGCUGAAAGAUGUAUGAUUUCUGUUUCUCAGACGCUUGGUCUGCAAGACGCCAAAGAACUUUUCCAGCUUUUCUCUUCUCAAAUACUCUACACAUGGACCGAGACACAGAGUAUCAUGUCUAUGCCAUUUAGUAUAUUUGGGUAUGACAGCCUUCAAAACAUGCUGGUGGAUGUCAAAGAUGAAAUCGUCGGGCAAAUGAUGAUGCGUGCCAAGGAACAGGAGACAAUUGAGCUUGCGAAGCACCUCCAAAUCCCACAUCUCGAGCUCUUGGCGACCUCUUUCCACAAGGCCGAGGCAUACAGCAUUGCACGAGAUAUCAGUACUCCUCCAGGGCAAGGCAGUCAGCCCAAGGGUGUUGAGAUCCGUCUGCGGAAAAUUCUUGGGGCAGACCAGUUCAUGACACAAAUCGAGAGCCAGUUUCCUCUAAUUAUUGCUGCGUUUUUCAAAUCCCUCGACUACUAUGACCAGAUCGAACGAGCAUUCUCGAAGCGUGAAAACUUUGGUUAUGCGCUCGACAUUCAGACGCAAAUAGCUAACAAAAGCACGUCUCAAAAUGCACUGCCAGCAAAUCAACAACCCUCCUUUCGGGCACGUUAUCUCCUGGAUGAGAUUGAGUUUCUUUGCAAACGCACUGGGUUCGAAUUUGAAUCAAUAUGGACGCCAUCACUGGUGUCUUUUGUCUGCCGUUCGCUGCUUGAGUCAAUACAUCCCGCCCUUGGUUCACUCCAUGCUUGUUCUGUGAUCCGCAAAAUAAGAAUCUUGGUUUGUGUGGCCGGUCCUAUCAUACUUCAACAGUAUCCUCUAGAGAUGACACUCAGCUCUCUGCGGCCUUUCCUCAGUGAUAUUCAUUGCUCAGAAGACGCUCUGGGGGUUUUCUGGUAUCUACUCGAGGCAGGGAAACCGUAUCUUGAGGUGGCACCAGGAUUUACUGCAGGUAUUGCUGUGUCAACACUAGUUACUCUCCGCAGAAUAUUUUUGUCGUUACCUGAGAACACGACUCAGGAAAGUCAGUUCAGAAAAGUGCAGUCAAAUGCAAAAGAAUUCUACCACUGGCUGGUCGAUCUCCUUGGAGAACUCCGUUCCUCUGAUUGGGAGACAGAAACGAAAAUAUCAUUCGAUCGACUUGUCUCACUAGCUGAGAAAUUCUCAACAUCUGAGGGCUCUGAGGGCGGACAGUUUGGGAAGGAUUUGGUCUUUGAAGUUCUCAAAGACCGCGAUUCAGUGACUUCGCUGUUGAGCAGGCCUGUGGCAGAUCUUGUUCUUUCGCUCUUGUGUCCCGAAUUCGAGCAGACAUCCGACACUGAGGAUUGGGUCUCGAAUGAAGAUGUGGAUCCCACUUCCCAUGUUAUUUCUCUAUGGCACACGCUUCAAAACUCUAACGGAGGACCCCAGUAUCGACUUUGGGCCGCUCGGGUCAUCGGAAGAUCUUUUGCUGCCACUGGGAAAAUUGAUCAAUUGCUCCUACGGGAACAGGAUCUCUCACUGUUCCAACAUCCCGAGCCUUCUUUGUCGUCUGAUAUUUUCUGCCACUCUAAGGCUAGAAUCCUUCGAGUGCUUUGCGAUAUGCUACACGUGCAAAAGCAGUUUGAAGCUGGCCUGGUUGAGCGUACUUUGCAGCUAGUCGUCAGCAACAUUGCCAACUAUCCAGACUUCCAAGGUUGCAGUGAGGUGAUUCCCGAAUCUCUGAUUAAUGCUCUCACCUGGAACACAUAUACAUGUCCUGCCAUUUUACUCUCAGAUUUAGAGCAAAAGAGAUGCGAAAAUGCGGCAACCAGCGCUUCCGGGCUGUCAGUUGCUGACUGGGCUCGCAGUGUUUCCCUUUUUUUAUCGAAUGCCUCUUUGGAAGACCCAGUCAUUGGCUCUCUUCGCAAAAUUCUCAACGUGACCCCUGGUUUAGCAGUGCAGCUGUUGCCAUACGUGGUUCAUGAUGUUUUGCUGUCAGAAAGGGAUAACAAAGGCGAAAGGGGGCAGGUCCGAGAAGAUAUCUCUGCUGCUUUUCGACAGGUACUGUGUGAGGUUGGCGAGGAAACCUUGCCUCACGCUCAGCUUGUGAUUAACUGCAUUCUCUACCUUCGCAACCAGCCUGUGCCAGAUGAGUCAACUAUUGUCCAGCGCGAUACGUGGCUUGACAUUGAAUAUGGAGAGGCAUCUCUGGCUGCACAUCGCUGCGGUAUGCAUAAAACUUCGCUGCUUUUCCUAGAAAUACAAACAUCCCGAGUGAUUACGACAUCUCGUCGGUCAUCUGUUGUCAGAUACGAGCCACCGCCUGCUUUACUACAUGAUGUUUUCAAGAAUAUUGAUGACCCGGACUUGUUCUAUGGCAUUCAGCAGAGCUCAUCUUUGACUAGCGUCAUGGAACGGCUAGAGUACGAAAGCUCCGGAUUCAAAAAUCUCCUGUUUCAGAGUGCAAAAUAUGACAGUGAAAUCCAGAUUUCUGAUGACGCAGAAUCAUACGGUGUAUUGAAGGCUUUGAAUGCUACCAACCUUCAGGGCAUUGCCAAUACGAUGCUGUCUGUCUCCACCAGUGCGAACGAUACCCCUGUCGUAUUUGACAGCAUGUUACAAGCUGCAACUAGUCUUCAAAAAUGGGAUAUUCCAGUAUCACCUUUGGAUUCCUCCCCGUCCGCCACUGUAUUCCGUACAUUCCAAAGUCUCAAUACCUCAGGUUCUCUGCUCGAGGUCACUGACUCAAUCGAAAGCGGUCUAUUGACAACCCUGGCCUCUCUUCUCGAAACCAGUGGAUCUGCUAUUCAGCUGCGAAGGUCAAUGCGCGCGUUGGGAAUUUUGACUGAGAUCAGCGACACUUUGCACUCUGCAUCUUCUGGAGAUAUGAAGGAAGGGUGGCAGAAUAUUAUGGCGAGAAGCAGCUGGUUGAAGACUGAAAGCUAUCAUGAAGUUGGGGAAAUCUUGUCUUGGCACGAGGCGUUAUUUUCAUCAAUUAGGAAAAGUGACAUCCUCAAAUCACGGGCGAAACUGAGUCUCGAGGAUUCGAGAAUUCUAGAAGCGAAAGUCAUUCGACAAUCCUUGGAAAUCACAAGAACUCAUGGUAUCUCCCAAGCAUCGCUCAAAUCCGCAAUGAGCCUUUCGAAGCUUGCCGAACCGUGCGCAGCUUUAGGAAUGAACAUUGACGGAGCUGCCAAAUUCGAUCUUGCCAAUGUGCUGUGGGAUCAAGGAGAGAUGACCGCGUCCAUUCGCAUGCUCCAGCAACUGAAAGGCCAGAAUGACCUUCAUAAACAGAUAAUACCCCUCAGUCGGGCUGAACUUCUCGUGACUCUGGGUCAUCACGUUGCUGAAGCGCGCUUGGAAAAGCCCGACUCGAUUCUUCAAGAGUACCUAUAUCCCGCAGUCAAGGAAUUGAAAGGAAGCUCCGACGGAGAAGAGGCUGGACGAGUCUAUCACGGGUUUGCAGCCUUUUGUGAUCAGCAGCUACUGAACCCUGAUGGACUCGAAGACUUCAAGCGAGUUGAACAACUGCGUGAUCGCAAGGAGAAAGAAGUCCUUGGACUCGAAGACAUGAUGAAGAAUGCUACCGGCAAGGAGAGGGAAUACUUAAAGAACUAUCGGGCCAAAGCAAAGCAAUGGUUCGAUCUUGACGACCGCGAAUACCAGCGUUUGCUGCGAAGUCGGGAGGCUUUCCUGCAGCAGUGCCUCGAGAAUUACCUUCUCAGUUUGAGGGAAAGUGACACCUACAACAAUGAUGCUCUACGUUUCUGUGCACUCUGGCUUGACAAGUCAGACAGUGAGACUGCAAACACAGCUGUUGCUCGACAUCUCAACGAGGUACCCAGCCGGAAAUUUGCACCAUUAAUGAAUCAGCUAUCAUCUCGCCUACUCGAUGUCUCCGAUGACUUCCAGACAUUACUCACUCAAUUAGUAUUCAGGAUAUGUGUUGAGCAUCCUUUCCAUGGCAUGUACCAAAUUUUCGCCAGCAGCAAGUCCAAGGGAGGGAAAGAUCAGUCAUCUCACUCGCGUUUCCGUGCUGCAAACCAGCUUGUGGAUCGUCUAAAGAACGACAGUCACAUCGGUCAGACGUGGAUUGCUGUGCACAAUGUGAACAUCAGCUAUGUGCGAUUUGCAAUUGACAAACCAGACAGCAAAUACAAAAGUGGUGCCAAAGUUCCACUGAAGAGCUUGACUACUGGCCAGCGGCUUGGACAGGAUGCCAUCACUUACAAAUUACCACCACCGACGAUGAAAAUCGAUCUCCGCGCAGAUUGCAACUACAGUGAUGUUCCUACGGUUACGAAAUUCCACCAUGAGUUCACGAUUGCUUCUGGCGUUAGCGCACCAAAGAUCGUGACCGCUGUUGCAUCCAACGGCGAGCGCUAUAAGCAACUGUACAAGGGAGGAAAUGAUGAUCUGCGUCAAGAUGCGAUCAUGGAGCAAGUAUUCGAGCAAGUCAGCAGUCUUCUGAAAGACCACCAGCCCACACGCCAACGGAGCUUAGGUAUCCGAACAUACAAGGUUCUCCCAUUAACACCAAGCGCUGGAAUCAUUGAGUUCGUUCCAAAUACGAUUCCUUUACAUGACUACCUAAUGCCCGCACAUCAAAAAUAUUUCCCCAAGGACAUGAAACCCAACUCUUGCCGGAAACACAUCGCCGAAGUGCAGAACAAAUCAUUUGAGCAACGCGUCAGAACCUACCGACAGGUGACUGAGCAUUUCCAUCCAGUCUUGAAAUACUUCUUCAUGGAAAAGUUCAAUAACCCCGACGAUUGGUUUAGUAAGCGUCUAGCCUACACUCGAAGCACAGCUGCCAUCUCCAUUCUCGGUCAUGUGCUCGGACUCGGCGAUCGACAUGGACAUAAUAUCCUGCUAGAUGAGGAAACUGGGGAAGUGGUUCAUAUUGAUCUCGGUGUAGCGUUUGAGCAAGGACGUGUGCUACCUGUUCCUGAGGUAGUACCGUUCCGUUUAACCCGCGAUUUAGUUGACGGAUUCGGCAUCACUAAAACUGAAGGUGUUUUCCGACGCUGCUGCGAAUUCACACUUGAAGCACUUCGGCAAGAAUCGUAUAGUAUAAUGACAAUUCUUGACGUGCUGCGGUACGAUCCACUGUAUAGUUGGACUGUCUCUCCGCUUCGCAUCAAGAAGAUGCAGAUGCAGGACAAUCAAGCCGGUGAUGCGCCCCCAGCUCUGCCUGGCGCAGCUGAUGAUCUCCCUUCGAAGCGUGAGAAUGAGAAUGAGCCCAGUGAGGCUGAUCGUGCGUUGACUGUGGUGGCGAAAAAACUGAGCAAAACACUCAGUGUGACUGCUACUGUGAAUGAGUUAGUCCAGCAGGCAAGUGAUGAGAGGAACCUUGCUAUGUUGUAUUGCGGCUGGGCGUCUUAUGCAUAA